AUGCCCUUGAUCUAUGGGAGGUCAAUUGGCCGUUUAUUGCCCAAGCUAGGCGGCUCAGUGCACUUUCGACCCGCGUCAAAUCCAUGCGCCAGUACUUUCCGCCCGCGGGGCCGUUCUGCCAUCGCCCUCCAAGCUCUCGACAGCACCCUUCGAAGGGGCUACGCGGAGAGCAGGCUAGACCUGCCCGCCCUUGACCAGAAAUGGCGCCAGAAAUGGGCUUCACUCCAAGCGGACUCUGCCCGCCGCGCCAGUGAUACAAACGACAACAAAUACAUCUUGCCCAUGUUCCCGUACCCUUCAGGCACUCUGCACAUGGGCCACCUCCGAGUCUACACCAUCGCCGACGUUGUCGCGAGAUUCCACUCUCUUAAGGGCAACAAUGUACUACUCCCCAUGGGUUGGGAUGCCUUUGGGCUCCCUGCAGAGAACGCGGCUAUCGAAAGGGGUAUCAACCCGGCUACAUGGACAAAGGCGAACAUCGCGAAGAUGAAAGAGCAGCUUGAUGUCAUGAAUGGGUCCUGGGACUGGUCUCGUGAGCUUGCCACCUGCGACCCGAGCUUCUACAAGCACACCCAGGCCAUAUUUCUUCGUCUCCACGAGAAGGGCCUUGCCUACCAGGCCGAGGCAGAGGUCAACUACGACCCUGUUGAUAAGACAGUGCUGGCAAACGAGCAAGUAGAUGCAAACGGCCGCUCCUGGCGGUCGGGCGCCAAGGUGGAGAAGAAGAACCUGAGGCAAUGGUUCCUCCGCAUAUCCCAUUACCGAGACUCUCUACUCCGGGACCUGGAGGUCCUGGAAAAAGAAGGCGACUGGCCCGAGAGGGUAUUGGCGAUGCAGAAGAACUGGCUGGGCAAGUCCGCAGGUGCCCAAAUCAAAUUUCCGGUCUUGGCCUUUGGCAAAUACGCCCAUGCCAGAAUCGAGAUCUUCACGAGCCGCCCAGACACACUUUUCGGAGUGCAGUACCUAGCGCUUGCCUCAACACACCCGAUAGCUACUGCUCUGGCGGAGAUCGAUUCUGAGCUUCAGGCAUUUCUGGACACUCUUCCGGGGCUGCCUCCCGAUUCAAAGGUCGGGUACCUGCUGCCUAAUCUCCGUGCCGUCAACCCCUUAGCAUACCACGAUGAAACACCCGAGGCGACUAAGAAAUCGCUUCCUGUCUACGUGGCACCUUAUGUGGUUGGCGACUAUGGCGAGGGAGCGGUUAUGGGAGUGCCGGGGCACGAUGUUCACGAUCAUGCUUUCUGGAAGACCCAUCGGUACGACGAGCCGGUUCGGAUUGUCCUCGCCGCCUCAGAAGAUGAAUCAACUACGGCCCUGCCCAACGAAUCCUUCGUAGACCGCGGAAUACUGACUGAACAAAGCGGCAUAUACAAGGGCAAGCCGUCGAAAGAGGCGGGCGAAAUGCUCGUUUCUUUGCUCGAGCCGGCUGGAUUAGCAAAGUCGGCAGAGAAAUGGCGCCUCCGAGAUUGGCUGAUCAGCAGGCAGAGAUAUUGGGGCACGCCCAUACCUAUCAUCCAUUGCGGAUCAUGCGGGAGUGUGCCUGUUCCCCAUGAAGACCUUCCAGUCCUGCUUCCCGAGGUUGACGACCACUGGGCAGCAGGUAAAUCCGGCAAUCCGCUCGAGAGCUUGAAAGAGUGGGCAGAGACAGAAUGCCCAAAGUGCGGCGGGCAGGCCAAGCGAGACACCGACACUAUGGAUACCUUCGUGGACUCCAGCUGGUAUUACAUGCGGUUCAUCGACCCGCAGAACGAAGACGCUCCGUUCUCUGCUUCCAAAGCGAAAGCCUUGCUGCCGGUCGACAUCUACAUUGGGGGAGUUGAGCAUGCGAUUCUGCACCUCCUCUAUGCUCGCUUUAUCUACAAGUUUCUUAUGACGUCCCCGCUUGUGUCUGACGGGUCCGAGGCGUCAAGCGACACAUAUGAGCCUUUUAAGCGGCUCGUGACCCAAGGAAUGGUGAAUGGCAAGACAUACAGCGAUCCUUCAAGUGGUCGCUUCCUGAAGCUAGAUGAAGUGGACCUGAGCAUUGCCUCGAAUCCGAAAGUGGUCGCAACAGGCGAGUCGGCCGUUGUCAGCUUUGAGAAGAUGUCAAAGUCCAAGUACAAUGGUGUCGAUCCAACGGAAUUCAUUAGCCAGUAUGGAGCGGAUGCCACGCGAGCACAUAUGCUAUUUCAAGCUCCAGUGAGCGAGGUUUUGGACUGGGACGGGGAAAAGAUUGUCGGCAUCACCCGCUGGUUCGGCCGCAUUUACGACCUUGUAACCAGACUCGGAGCUGUCACCCCGCCCAAGGCGGGACGCAUGACAACCAAAGCCUACUUUGAAAGCGCUGCGAAGAAGCUGGACUCGACCCCAGAAAAAAUGGCGCAGUGGGACGCGGAUUCAGCGAUCUGGCGCGACGUCCAGAAGAUCAUUACCUCUGUCAGCGCAUCGUACGAAAAAGUUUACACGCUGAACACGGUUGUGUCCGACCUUAUGAUUCUCACCAACACCAUAAUGGCCAGCGACGGUGCAAAUGCGUAUGUCAAGCAAGAGGCUGUCUCGGCCUUGCUUCGCAUGGUAGCACCGGUUGCGCCGGCAUUCGCCGAAGAGUGCUGGAGUGUUCUCAAGCCCACAUCAUCCUCCAUCUUUGGGGGCGGCACUGCUUCGACGUCGUUCCCGGCCCUGGAUGGCACGCUCCAUCUCUUCCAGCCGCGGAAGCAGGUGUGCGCGGUCCAAGUUAAUGGCAAGCUCCGGUGCGCGGUCGAGAUCCCGAAGCCGCCGGGCUUGCAGGGCGACGAGCUGCGCGACUGGCUGCUAGCAGAGAUCAUGAAGACGGACGAGUCCAAGGCCAAGUUGAUGCCGACAAUAGCAGCUAGUGGGUCCGGCGUCUCAGAUGUUGUUGCGUCUGCAAAGAAAAUCAUUGUCAUCAAGGGCGGGAAGCUCGUGAAUUUUGUAUUUUAG